AUGUACCGCCGCGGCGACCCUCGCUGGAACCGCACCAUACAGAACAUCACCGACACGGUCGAACAUGCCAAUGAGUCGGCGCAGGAGGGGCUCUACAGCUUCGCGCACGCAUACGUCAACCCGUGCCUUUCAUCGCUCACGCAGUGCGCCAACGCGUGCACGGCGCCCUGCUUCCCAUCGCACAACGACCGGCGGCGGCACCGCGCGCGGUCGCGGGGCCGCGCCGAGCAGAGCUUUGACUUCUACGACGACUGGGAAGAAGACGAGGAUGACGGGCUGCUGGGCUGGGGCCAUGACAACCUCGACCGGCUGUGGGGCGGCACCAGCAACUAUGGCACCACGUCCCAGCCGGGCCGCCAGCGUGCAAUGAGCUAUGGCAACCGCAACCGCGACCCCAGAUUCGCCAGGCAGCGCAGGAAGAGCGCGGUUCCGCCGCAUGACGGCGGGCCCGAUCCCACCAUCAUCCCCAGCUCUUCGUACUUUGGCUUCCUGGGCAGGCUGCCGUUCAAGAUUGGAGGCAAGGUGCUCCGCUACAAGCCUUCAGCAGCAGACUUGACAGAACAUCUGGGUCAGUCGAGGAGGAGCCACGAAGAAGCCACAGGCGGAGACGAAGCGCAGCCCCUGAUCGAGGAAAGCGACGAAGACGCCGACACACAGCACGGCAACGAGGCCAAGACACACGGGCGCAAGCGCAGUCAGACGAACGCCUCGGGCCAUACUACAGACUCCCUCAGUUCACGAGGCGACAUCUUCCCGAGCGAAGACGAGCUGGACGACGCUGUACCCCUGGACGAUGAAUUUGCCGUGGCACUCGAGCGCCGAACGACAGGACAAUGGCACGAUGAUGCCAGCAGCGGCAAAGGCAGAGCGCGCUCCGGCAGCAAGAGCAAGAGACCGUCUGCAUCCCGCGUUUCUACCAAGUCAGCCUCGUCCCGCAACACGCAAGACAGCGGGCGAAGGAGCCAGGAAGUAAGCAUCAAGCGGCUGCCCUCAGAGGCAAUCGAUGAGGUGCCCACUCUCUCGGACCUCAAACAGGAAGAGGAGCAAGUGCGUCUACAGGAAGAGGCCGAGGUCGAACGCAAGCGUCAAGAAGCACAACAACUAGCCGUCAGACGCGGGCUGGCAGCAGACCAACAUCUUCUUAUUCCUGGGCGGCGGUCACCCUCUCCGAAUCCGAUGAUGCUUCAAAAUCACGACCAGCUAGGGACGCCAUCAACAAUGUCCUCGCCUCACCUCAUGCGCACCAUAGGCAGUGGACCAGAUCUCGAGUCAGAUACCGUGCUGUCGCCAUUUCCGGGCGUCGACGCACAAACGAUGCCGGACAGCAGCUCGUUCCACGUCGAUGAGUCCGACUAUUCCAGCCUUGCUCCCACGCCAAACAGGCCGCUGUCUCUGAAGGAGGAAGCGAGGGACGAACAGGUUAACGACGGCAAUUCCAGCUUUGUGCCUGCUCGGCUGCCGCACUUCAGUGGACAGCCCGGCUGA